AUGACAAUUGGUGCCAUCAGUGCAAGGCAUGACAUUUGGUGCCAUCAGUGCAAGGUGUGGCAUUUGGUGCCAUCAGUGCAAGGCAUGACAAUUGGUGCCAUCAGUGCAAAGCAUGACAUUUGGUGCCAUCAGAGCAAGAUGGGACAUUUGGUGCCAUCAGUUCAAGGCAUGACAUUUGGUGCCAUCAGUACAAGGCAUAACAUUUGGUGCCAUCAGAGCAAGAUGGGACAUUUGGUGCCAUCAGUUCAAGGCAUGACAUUUGGUGCCAUCAGUACAAGGCAUGACAUUUGGUGCCAUCAGAGCAAGAUGGGACAUUUGGUGCCAUCAGUUCAAGGCAUGACAUUUGGUGCCAUCAGUACAAGGCAUAACAUUUGGUGCCAUCAGAGCAAGAUGGGACAUUUGGUGCCAUCAGUUCAAGGCAUGACAUUUGGUGCCAUCAGUACAAGGCAUGACAUUUGGUGCCAUCAGUGCAAGGUGUGGCAUUUGGUGCCAUCAGUGCAAGGCAUGACAUUUGCUGACUUGGUCCAUCAAUGA